CAUGGAGAGCUCCCGCAGGACCCUGCUCACACUGCUCAGCUCCACACUCCUCCUCCUGGUUCUCAGAGGCAGCUGUGAGGAGACAGACUACCUGGAGAGCAGAUCUCUGGACUUCUACUCCCCCAUAGACAACAACAUCCACGAGAAGGAGCUGAUUAAUGCUUUGCAGGAAGUCUUAGAAAAACUCAAAAGUAAAAAGCUUCCAUCAUUUGAGAAGAAGUAUGGACAAGUGCCCAUGUGUGAUGCAGGAGAACAGUGCGCUGUCAGGAAAGGAGCCCGUAUCGGGAGGCUGUGUGACUGCCCACGACGGACUUCCUGCAAUACAUUUCUCUUAAAGUGUUUAUGAGAAAAUAGUGGAGACGAGGGACCUUCCCACCUGGUUCUAUGGAGAGAUGGAAAGCAGAGUGUGAUUUUUACAUGAAGUAUUUUUUUUAUUCCUGUUCAAGCUCUUACAGUUGUACUUCUGUUCCUCUAUGUGCCUGUAUGUCAUUAUUUUAUACAUAUGAUUCAUAAAUAUAUUUAUAGCAUGUACUCAUGUGUAAUAAAGGGUUUUUGUUAAAGAUAUCUCUUCUACCAUAGUGCAUAUGGAGGCAGUGCUAGCGUCUGAUUGGGAGAAAGAAUACCCAGGAAAGUAUGUGAAUCAGCAGGGUUUUUCCGUGGACCGAAUACAAGAAAUGUCUUUUUUUUUUGCCCAUAUUUGAUGCAGUUUUUGAGCUAAAGCCAGGAGUAGAUUCAGAAGAAAUUGGAAAUAUAUAGGAAAAAUGUAUACUUCUCCUUCCUGCCGGACAUAGUUCUGCAUUUGGCAUGAACAAUUGCAUAAAAAAACUCUGUGUGAUUCCGGUCUUAAAGCGACAGAACACAAUUAACAGAUAGUCAUUACAGUCGAGACAAUGAAAAUUUACAACUUUGCCUAAAUCAAUAUUACAGGUGAACAUGAGAAACUUUGUACUAUAUCUUAUCAGAGUAAAAUGAUCCCCCCCCAACACACAUACACUUCUAAAAUAACUCUCUCUGAUAUUUAUGAGGAAUCCAUCUUGUGAGACCAAGACGGGCUGCCUGCUCACUGAGGGAUCAAAUGACAUAAUCCCUUAGAAGUUGAUAGAGAGGGGAGGGAAGUAUAUAGAGACAUGACUCAGCAGCUAAUAGUAAGUCUCUUAUCUCACCCCAGCUGCUUUAUUCCAAGCACUCCACCUCAGUACUUCUAUAUAAUGUCCUAUAUGGUGCUUCAGAGUGAGAGUUAGAGAGCAGAACCUCCUGCCUGUGUGUACUCCAUGGAGAGAAAUGAUGAGCAGCUAGUCUCCAGCAACCAGCUCAGGGACAACUGAGAAUUUUAGAUGAAGCAGAAAAUGGCAAAAAAAUGCCAGAUAUCAGUCAUACAAUGACCAGAUAUAGUGAUAUCACUCAUGUAUACACACAGCAACGUAUUCUGAAAUGUUAUCUGUAAUUUUAGGUAUGUUUUAAGACUUUCACAGAAAGUUUGGAAAUUGUUGUAUCUAUCACCACUCUUGAAUGGCAUAUGAAGCCAUUGUAAAGGGUCAGGUUGAAAGACUGCAUUUGACUGUGUGUGACAAAAUGACAAUCCCAAAUGAGUGAAGCAGAGAGAAAACCGCCUUGUAUAGCAAUGGUACUUCAGAGCUGUGUAGUAUUAAGAGCAGGCCAGCAAAUAUUUCUUGAUGAUCCUUCAUGUAGGUGCACCACUCUAGUGAUAUCCCUGGUAAAGGGACUCGGUCUGGCUUCAGUAUAUGUAUAGUGGAUUUCCCAGGGUUAACCUAUAUAUAGAUACGUCUUCUUACUGCACAUGAAUAGAUAGACUCAGAAGAGAACAAUGGUAAAGCAUCUGAUAGUUUGUAGAGCAAUAUAUAACAUUUUCUCAGAAUUGAUAUGGUAAAGGAAAGAUGAAUAGAGUAGGAAGGGAUGGAGAGUACUUAAAAUUGAUAAAUAGCUCUGUUAUUUCAGCUUCUUUAAAAGAGUUGUUCAGGAUUGAUGGCCUCUCCUAAGGAUAGCUCAACACGCCUCACCCCUGCUUAUUAGCUGUUACCUUGUAUCUCUGUGCUGAAGGUGAAUGGCUUCCAUUACUGAAGCUGCAAGGUAAGAUCUGAUAAGAAGAGGGGUGCAGGGGGUCGGACCCUUGCUGAUCUGAUAUUGAGGGCCUAUCCUGAGUAUAGGUCAUCAAUAUUAAAAUCCUCGGCAACCCCACUAAACAUCAAAACUGUACAACCUAGGGCCCUGGCCUGAAGAUAGCUCCUGGCAUUUUAUUGUAAGACCAUCUUAUGGUCAGAUGUUUCCUGUGAAGUGACUCAUUGUAACUUUUGGUCUGAGCUUAGGUAAUGCAUCAAUGGUUUAUAUUACCCUCUCCUUGUUAUGUAAUGUAUCCCUCGAUGUCAGUCAGAUAUUUGCACUGCCAUCCAGUACAUCAGGCUUUAGCUGCAGUUUCGGUAGUAUUAUUCCAUUACGAUUCACUCUAUGUUCACAUAUAAACCAAUAUGAGCGACAUUUAGCAUUGCUGUUUGAGAGACUCUUAGCACUAAUGUCUCUAAUGAAUGAAGCUAACCCAUUUGGAAUCCAUUAGCUACUAAAGUGAUUUGGAGAUACUGGUCCAUUUGGGUAAAUAAGUUUUAUGUUCGUCUUGUUGUACAAGUGUCUGAUUUAGCUGCUGCAGUAUCUGAGUGACGUCUAAAAUCCAAUGUGAUCUGAUGUUUGUCCAGACUGACCAUACUUACAAUCUGAUUAGGGCUAUACAGCAAGAUAUGCAGUGUACCAAGUAUCUGCAGCUGCAUCCUCCUCCUCUCCCCUCCUCCUGAACUUCUAGCUACAUUAUUUUUCAGGGCAGUGAAGACUUAUUAGUCUCUAGACAUAUAGACCCUAGAAUACUGCAAGAUGAGAAAGAUGCCAUUUUCCCUAUUAUUAAGUGUUGUCUAUUCAGAUGAACUGUACUCCUAAAUUAUGAAUGAAAGGAUAGGAAUGAUGGAUAAGCGUUCAAGAGAACCUUUCAUCACAAACUGCAUCACAAUUUGUAGGCAGCAUGUUAUAGGGCAGGAGAUACUAAGCAGAUUGAUAUAUAAUUUUAUGGGGAAAAAACUUCAGUAAAACAUGUAAUUUGUACAUUGGGAAGGCAGCAGGACACUGCAAAGGGGUUCAAAAAUUCACUUUUUUUUGUGGUAAAUGCGUUCCUGUAUUUUUAUGCACAUUGUGUUAAUAGGCUGUAUCUACAUCCACCACUGGAUAGGGCUAUUUCCUCUUCCGAUGGAAAGAAGGUGUUAAAACAGUCUACAGUCAAAGUCUAGACAAAAGGAGUGAGUAGAUCAGAAGGUUAGCUGAGAGUAAAGCCAGCCCUGGAUCAAUCACCAGCCAGAGCAAAGCAAAAGAAAAAGACAUUAUAUACUUGAAAAGUAUUCUAGUGUUAAGGAGAGGUGCGAAUAGAAGCCCUGUGGAGAUAAGCUAAGUAAGUGUAGAGGAUUCCAGCCCUAGACGAGCUUAAACAAGGCAGAAUGCAGAUAUUCCCACCAUACUGAAUCCUGCUGAGGAAACCUGCAGUAACUUUAACUGUGAGUAUGGCAACCUGUACAAAAAGUGCAGAGCAUAGUCUUACAUUGGGGUCCAGCCCAUGAUUGCAUAGUACAAGAGAAAGCAUUGCUCCCCUAUUUCUGGAUCCUUAUGCAACAGUCAUCUAGAGAAGUGCAGUGUGAGGAAAGUUGCUUUAAAGAGACAUCUUGGCUUACUAACCAUUUAUGCUGACGUGUAACCUGUGAAAUCUGUGGAAUUUGCAUUUUGUGUACAAAC